AUGAUGAAGAGCAUAGGAGAAGGCAGUGGAAGCUUGAGCAAACCAGUGGUCUGCCUCCCUCAUGCGGUGUGUUCAUCGAAGCUUAACUCCACAGUUCAUAUCCACAAGGGAAAUAUGGUUUCUAAAGUGAAGUUGAUGAUUGCUGAGGAAGAAAAGUUCCAGGGAAAGGUGAUGUCCCUUUCCCAUAUAAAGACCGCAAUCAAUACCAUAAAGCAGAAAUUCAAUCUGCAACAGCUACAAAGGUUUGAAGAGAGUUGUUUUGGUCAUCUCUUACUCAUUGAGGACCUUAGGUGGACUUCACAAAUUGUUCACGGCUUGUUGCUGAGGAAGGCUGAUCUAAAAAUAGUUUCCCAAGUCAACGGGAUAAAAUUCAUCGUUGGCAAUAAGGUGAUACAAUUCACCGCACAACAAUUUUGUGUCGUCAUAGGGCUAAGGUUUGGAAACCUUUGUUUCAUUCCGAUUGCAACUAAUGAGAACUGCUCAUUGAAAAGGAAGUUCUUUUGCAAAUAUAAAAUUGUCAGUCUUUUGCAACGAUAA